AUGCUUCCUGCCAAAGCUAAGAUUAUUCCCGAGCUCUCUGCUGAUCUUGACUAUUCAUUAUUUUGUUGUGAUAAUGACGAUGCAUGCUCGAGUGGAGACGAAUCCGAUCCUAUCCGAAUCCAAGAGAGCUCGUGGAUUGAGGAGGCCGAGGCACUUGCAGGGCAGGAAAUCGGAGUGGACUUGUCGAGCUUCAUUCUGGAGGGUAAUUAG